AUGGCUUUGAAAAAACUGAUUGAAGAAAGCAGCGCAUGCGCGGAAGCCGUGGGCCAUGACGUUUUUAUCUCGAGCAUGCUCGCUGUCGCUGCUGUGGCUGCACCUACUUUANUGGACCAGGAAUCUUCGACCUCGUCACUCGUGCGUCGUAAGAACACCAACAAGGGCGAAGCUCACAUUCACAUUGAUUGUAAGCCCGGUCAAUCCAUCACUAGCUUCAUCAUGCUCACCUUAUACAUCAGCUNNUCCAACAUAUUGUGCGGCAACUCGUGCACCACGAAGUACAACAUUGACCUUCCUGACAACUCUGUGCCUGCCCAACUCAUGGGCAAAGACUGGUACUGGGCAAACAUCGGUACUUGGUCAGCAUCAAACCCCGACUACCAGAUCAAGAUAGGCACCACUAGAGGCCUCGAUUCGUGGAUCGACGGCUCGAUUCCAGGCAGCAUUCCCAGCGACUCUUGGAGAAACUCCUUCACCCUCCACUAUGACUCGCAGCACUGGAACUCGCACGAACGCGAGGACUGGAAGUACAAGGGUCCUACACCUAGCAAUGGCCACCGUCAUGAGUUUGAUCUGUGGUGUGAAUUUGACCGCUAA